CUCGUAGACUCGUACCAAUAUGCCCCUAGCAUCCGCGUACCAAGCUCCGUCUGGCUCCUAUUCUCGUGCGAUUGACACGCAGCACAACGGUACCGCGGCCCGCCUCCGUCUGGACCAUUCUUUGUUCUUGCAUUGCCCUGCGCACUCGACGGCGUCAUCGGCGCAUACGAAUUUGCGUCGGCACGCGGUAGCACCUGGUCGCGGUAGCUUUCGGAACGCAGUAGCACCUCAACGCGGUAGCCCUCGGUCGCGGUAACACUGGCAGUCCGCCCUCACUCCUGAUUUGAAUUCAACUUGCCGCACGCUCGUCGGUCGUCAUGUCGAUGUACAUCCGUGCGAAGCGGCGCGUGACGACGUACUUCGUGUACUGCGAGCCGUCGCACAAGGUGCUGCAGGUGAAGCACAACCUCGAGGUGCUGUGCGGCCAGCCGCCCAGCGACAUGCGCCUCAUUCUGCUGCACACCAACGCGCUGCUGGACGACAACAGAACGCUGGCGGAGCAACGGGUGGAGAACGAUGCCGUGGUGGCCCUCACCUACCGCCUCUCAGAUGACAACGAGUGGGAGCCGGUGUGCAUAGAGAAGCCCGACGAUGGUGCAGUUGACAUGGACCACAUGGGCUGACUCAUUUCUCGAGUGAGGGGAUACCAUGGACGCACCUGGACAUUGCCAGGGCCGGUGUGGAAGAACGGCAUGUUUUCCUCUCAACUCUUUUUCCAUCGGCGCGUGACAAGGGCGGAGGCACUGACGUCGCUGCCAGCCUGCUCUACCACUGGGUGGACUCGCACUCCUCUUAGGGCUCGCAUCCAGUUGAAUUCAAGGGAUAAUUAGCCGUCGCGCUGGUUAUGAGACGCAUCGCCUCGAAGCUGGGGUGAGAAGGGUGGAAACACUAGAUUUGCUGUAUUGCUGCUGGUUCUGCUGUACCUCUGGGCUUCGGUACAGAGUUACUCACUGCUGAACUGCUGCAGGGGUACCCACAUAUGAAACUGUUUAAAAUUAUAUAUUGAGAUAUAUAAUGUGUAGGCUUGGUAGAUUAGAUGUUACUGAACAUUACUGUAGGGGGUACAACUGUCAAACAUGUUUAUUGAUCAUGUUUGUAUAGACUGUAUAGGGUAACCUCCUAGAGGGUACAACAUUUAGGUAUAUGUGCAUGUACUCUCUAACUCUAUCA